GUGUUCAUUAUUUACAGAGCCACGCCAGUUUACAACAACCCGUGGGAGCCUGCAGUAGCAGAAGGAAGCAGUGUAGGAAGAAAAACAGUAGUGCAUCUUUUCCUUCUCUCGUUGUAGUGUUCCGUUCGGUAGGGAUGAUAAUGUGAGUACCAGACCAGGUUUAAAGUGAAGAUAAAGGAACAUAUCAGGUUUAAUUUUAUACGUCCACUGUUGCUGUAUCUUAACAAGAAAGUGAGGGUCAGCUUCUCACCUCAUCAGAAUGCAGAUGUCCAAGACAAGAAAUGGGUCCUCAGAAAUUUCAAGUAAGACUUCGACAAUGAUACUGCAAUCAAAACGGGUGUCCAAGUUGGUUGUAUCUGAAUCAACCACCUCGUUUUCAAAACCUUCAAUGGAUACCAGUCCCAAGAUUGAAUGCCGCUCGGCUAAAACCAUGGACACCGAGAAGAGGCGGCCAAGCAAGGUCACGGAACUGGAAUGCCAAAUCACGCAGCUCCAGAAAGAGCUGAAGAAGAAGAGCGAUCAACUCAGCUCCGCCGAGUCCAGCAGGCGCCGAGCUCAGCAGGAAGUAGAGGAGGCUAAGAAGCAGCUCGUGGCGAUGUCGGCGAAGCUUCAUGAUUCGCAUGCCCAGAUGGAGGAGCUCUCUGCGGCCGAGGACGCCCGGAUCCAAGAGCUCAGAAAGAUCUCCCAAGAACGCGACCGCGCAUGGCAGUCCGAGCUGGAGGCCGUCGAGAACCAGCACAGCGUCGACAACGCUGCGUUAGCCGCCGCCACGAGCGAGAUCCGCAGACUCAAGCUGCAGCUCGAGAUGGUGCUCCGUUCCGAGGCCGCAUUGGCGGAGAAGACUCAGCUCGAUCGGUUACAGCUCCAAGCCUCGGAUAAAAGCCUCGCGGAGUUGUCGUUCGCCGUCGAGAACCUCAAUCUUAGGCUCGUCGGCAGCGAGAGAGCGGAGGCCGAGGCCAAGUCCAUGCUCACCGACACGAGGAAGCAACUGGAGCUCGCUCAGAACACCAUCGAGUCCCUCCUCACCGACGGAUCCAAACUCAUGGAGUCCUUCAGUAUCGUCGCCACUGAGCUCAAGGAGUCCAGAUUUCGAGUCAGAGUACUCGAAGAGAGCGUGAGGAAGUUGCAGGAAGAGCAGUAUGCAGCUCAUGUCCAUGCUUUCGUUGAUCUCGCCAAUGCAAAGGCACUCUGUUUUGGUUCUUCGGAUUGUGAAGAAAACCAGUUGAUGACAGCAUUAGAAGAUUAUUGGGUGAUGCGUCAAGCAGAGCAGAUUGAGAGCACUGUGAGGAUCCAGUGCGCUUAUGAAAUGAUGGAGAAAGAGCUUGCUGAUUCCAAACUCAGAGAACAAGAAUUAGAGUUGAAACUAAGCGAUGCAAAAUUAGAGUCCGCUCUGCUAAAGGCCAAUCUACUUGACAGGGAAGCGGAGCUUCGAAAAAUCUCAGAUUUGAACAAAAAAUUUCUUCAAAAAGUGGAGAAAGAACGAGAAGACAUGAAACUAACGCAGUCAAGUGCUGAUGUUGCAGAUUUAAAGAUCAAACUUGCAGAUAAUGAAGCAGCACUCGGGAGAGUGUGCGAGGAGAAUGAGCAGCUGAAACUUGAGCUGCGGAGGAACGAUUCGGAGAAGCAGAAAGCUUAUGAAGAAGCUAUUUCGGAGAUGAAUUCAGCGAGGACCGCGGAGAAGGCGGCACUGACGGAGCUCGGAUUUGUAGCCCAUGAAGCUGCAAAGAGCAAAGAGAUGGCGGCGAGGGUGGUGGGCGAGUUUGAGGCAAGUAAAGUGGAGAAAUCUGAAAUGGAAAUGGAAUUGAGGAAGCUGAAAUUGCAAGCGGAGCAGUGGAAGAAAGCAGCUGAAACUGCAAUCAUGAUGCUUACAGACUCCGAACACAAGCCGGGAGCCGGAAAGCUCAAGAACUUGCCUUCAGCUGAUGACUUGGACGACGAAUCUUACAGGAAGAAAAAGAGUUAUGUGCUUAGAAGAAUCAAAGGGAUGUGGAACAAGGAGCAGAAGUAGCUUGUCCUAACUUUGCUUUCGAUCGACCUUUUAGGUGAAAAAAAAAUGCUAGUUUGAUUGUAUGUGUGAAUAAGCGUUGUGAUUUACGGAGUUAUAACGGAAAUAGUUAUCCUUUUUUGUUCACCUCA